ACAAGCACAGGUCUUGAUAGGGUGAGCCAUUCUAACACAACUGUUUUAUCAGAAAGUUGUGAUGUCACAAUGAGGACUAUCCCCAGAUUCUGUAAAGCUCAGUCUCUUCCACAAUAAGGUCACCAGUUUCCACACGUCUCUAGUGACGUUUCCCUUUCAGUCACAGCUGUUGAAGCGCUGCCGCCUGCUUCUGUGUGAACAGAGCCCGAGCCGCAGGAUCUCGUUACCUCUUAUCAGAAAAACAGAAAGGAAAUGAGGGAGGGGCGGGCAAUGAGAGCGCGGAGUGGGGCGGCCGGGUGAGUCCGGAGCACAGGAGGCUGAGUGCUGGACGCCCGGAGGGGAUCACCUGGGAUAUAGGGCGGACAGGGCUGUAACGAGGGAGGCACCUCUGAGGGCACACGGCGCGGAGGACACACGGCGCCGGCUGUAUAUACGGGCGGCCGGGCAGGUGUGACCGAGGAGCUCCGCGGGUAUGUGAGAUGAGGUGCAGGAAUGGCAGUCUGGUGACACUGCUCUGUGUGGCUGCUGUCGUCUCCCUGUCCUGUUACACAGCCUGGUACAGAGACAAAGAAUAUGGAAUGGAUUCAUAUGAAAAGCAGUUUUUGGAAUUACAGCAAAGACUCUUCCAGGCAGAGAAAGAGAAUCAGAAGCGAUCUCGAGAUCUGAGCACUGUUCUGGACGAGAUUAAGCGGGCAGUGGCAGAGAAGAGAAAUGCUUUUGAAAAUCACACAGUAGAGGAGAUAAAAUGGAAGGUGUUGAAUAUGACCAGCAAACUCCCUAUGCAAUUUACAAACAUAUACAUGUUUUUGCCCCAUUUGUUGGGGCACGAAGACAGCCUACAGCCAAUUGUACAUUAUGGGCAUGGAAAGACAGGAGCUUCUAUAGUUAUUGGAAUCCCAACUGUGAAGAGAGAUAAACAGAGCUACUUAAUGGAUACUUUGAGGUCCCUUUUCUCAGAGUUGUCAGCAAUAGAAAAAGAGGACUGUGUUGUCAUUGUUUUCAUAGCAGAGGUCCAUACCCAAUAUGUGAAUCAACUUGCUGACAAUAUUAAAGAUAGUUUUCCUCAUGAAAUACAGUCUGGUGUGCUUGAGAUUGUAUCUCCACCUUCAACAUUUUACCCAGAUUUCUCAAAUAUUAAGGAAACAUUUGGGGACUCCAAAGAUCGAGUGAAAUGGAGAACAAAGCAAAACCUUGACUACAGCUUCCUUAUGUUGUAUGCACAGCCAAAGGGCACUUAUUAUUUGCAGUUGGAAGAUGACAUUGUUGCCAAGCCAGAUUAUUUCCAAUCCAUUAAGGACUUUGCUAACCAACAAGUCUCUGAUGACUGGCUUAUACUUGAGUUCUCCCAGCUUGGAUUUAUUGGAAAGCUGUUUAAGUGUAAAGAUCUACCACAUGUUGCUGAAUUCUUUUUGAUGUUCUACAAAGAUAAGCCCAUAGACUGGCUUCUGGAUCAUUAUCUAUGGGUAAAAGUGUGCAACCCUGAAAAAGAUGCAAAACAUUGUGACCGACAAAAGUCGAACUUACGCAUUCGUUAUCGCCCAUCCCUAUUUCAGCAUAUUGGGACACAUUCCUCAUUGGCUGGAAAAAUACAGAAUCUAAAGGAUAAAGACUUUGACAAGAAAGCGUUAUACAAGCCUCAUCCAAAUCCUGCUGCUAAGAUCAGCACAAGCCUGAAAGUUUACCAGCAGUACAACCUGGAGAAAGCCUACAUGGGGGAGGAGUGCUUCUGGUCCUUCUCUCCUGUGGCUGGGGACUACAUCCUCUUUGAGUUUGAAGAACCUUUACAGUUAGAGGGUUACUUGUUUAGGAGUGGAAACAUUGAGCACCCAGGUGACAAGCUCUUUAACACUACUGUACAGGUGUUACCUGCAGAGAAAGGUAAUAAUGUGCCACAGGGACCAAAAGAGGAAGACGGAUUCAUACAAAUAGGGAAAUUUGAGAAUGGUAUUGCUGAAGGAGAAAUCGCCAACUCUCUGGGGAAAAUCAAAGCCAUCCGCCUAAGGAUUCUCACAGAGUCCCCAGUCUGGGCACUGCUAAGUGAGAUCUUCAUCAAGUUGAAGAAGUAGGUUUUAGUUUUUUUUUUGUUUGUUUUAAUAAAGACUGACAAUACCUUAAAUGUUUGGAAAGCCUGCCCUCUGCUGGUGGAGAGAAGACUACUCAGAAGACUAUUGCAUCACUGAGGAUAUGAAGGAUAUGAAGAUGUUCUUCAAAUUUUUUAUGCUUAAAGUCAUUUAGGAUUAAUAUUUUGUUCUUUUUUGUUAAAAAGACAUAUAUUUUUUAAUAAUUUCAAGUUUGAAUUUCCUUUUGGGUCAACUUUUAGUAUCAAUGUUGACAAACCUAAUGCAUAUACCAAAGAAUGGAACCAAAGGACUUCAAUAAUGUUGGACAUGUCUAUGUUCCUUUUUCUUGGUUAAUACUUUUUAAAAUUGUAAAGAAAAAAAAAUGUAACACCCCCCCCCCCCCCCAACAAGGUACUGGACAUUCAAAAACAUUCCUAAUGGUGCUGUUUUCCCCCAGAAAAACUCCAUAACACUACGGAAUGUGUAGUAAUGCAGGGUUUAUGCCUCUGGAAAAUGGUACUCUAGGUAAAACUUAGAUAAUUUAAUUGUAGAGUUAUAAGUUCUGUUCUGAUGCUGUGUGCAUGUUUUUUGUUUUUUUGGCAUAUGCUAGUCACAAGUCCCCAUAGAAGAAGGAUUGAUUUGCUUUCCAUAUCUUACUGAUUUUGAGUCACAUGAUGCUUGUGUCACCAUACAGCGCAUUGCGGGGACUAAUAUAGAUAUAUGAGCCAGUUCUACUGUAUGAUGGG